AGUGAUUGAUUUGAGCCAAAAGAUAAGCUGAUCAAUAAUGUAAACAUCGAAGAGUUUAUCAAAAUGUUUAAUAAUAGGAGAGAUGAAAGUGAUACUUUUAAGUAAUUUGCCAAACAAAGUGAGUAAUGAUCCAGAAGACUUGACAGGUUUGGCAGAAAACCGUGUUCUCCACCCUCCCUUAACACGCCACUGGAGAAGCAAUUCAUGACAGAGAUCAAGGGUAUUUUCAAACUUAGAAAAACUUAUUUUUUGCAAAGAUAUUUAAAUCAUUUUACAGUGCAGUACAGCCCUGGCAAACAUAGCAGCUAUACAGUUUCAAACAACAUCCAACCAAAAAUCUAAUUACAUUCCAAGCAAAAGUCCAAAACUUUAUAACGAUGUUUACUUUGUGAAGAUAGUCUUUGAUCACAAAGAACAUUUAAACUUGUGUAUCAAACAGAGGCGUUCUUUCUUAUGUAUGAUAUAUAACACAGUACUGUGAAUGGAUGAUUCAUGUAAAGCGAAAUAACGCAAAAUAUGUUUUUUAGAAUGUAGAGGAGUAUGUCUACAAUAUAGAAACACUCAAGUUUAAGUAGCUCAAAAUAGGACUUAUAAAGAGGACAUCAAUAAAAGCACUUUCCAAAUGUCAUUCAUGGCAAUGGUAGCAUUACAGCUGAGUAGAAAAAUAUGAACAGCAUAAUCAUGUUCCGUGUAGCUAAGGAAUUAACCAAUAGACAAAUUACUAUUUAAAUAAGCAACAAGACCAUUGGAAAUGUACAAGGUACCAUCGGUUAUUUUACUGCUUGCUCAACUUGACAUUUGCUUGGACAUUGACUCAUGUCGGGUUCUCAAUCUAACCUGUCUACGAGUCUGUAAAUACUAGAGAGUUAAUGUUACACCAUUGAUGACCUUACUGACGAGAAAAGAUCAAGAGUGUACCUCAGGCACACUAUGUAGACAACACUCCUUUCACUGAAGUAAUGGUGCUGUUGGAACUAUGUAUGACGACAGUGAGUAUUGCUUUCAAAAAACCCAACCUUUGUUAGAAUAAAUGAAAACCAGGGAUACACAACUCCUCUUGUUUAUCAAUCUCAAUCUCCUUUGCCUGCUCAAGAAGAACAGGAGUGGAAGGAAUAUAUGCACCAUGACCUUAUUCUGUUAAAGGGAGUUUAAGACCCCUUAGCCACCCUGAGCUACAUAACUGGCCCGAGGCUGUACAAAGAGUGCUGUUAAUAAAGAUAACUAAGUAAACAGUUACCUCUUAUAUCUCAAUCUGACAGAUCAUAUCAUAUCCCCGGAAUACUGGUUUACUGUUUAUCUAACAUAAUUAGACAUACACACCCAAAACAAACAAAUGGAGAAUACAUGCACACACACCCAACCAAACCCCAACCCCAACCCUCACCUCAAGGUGUGGGAGUCGACCUUGGCACAUGACAAGGUCCCGUCAUCGUUGUGCUUUGUUCAAGGUGUUUACCGCUACAGUCUCCCCUGAUCCCAACCUCAGCCUCACACACAAACCUUGAUGCCUCAAAACUCACAUCAAGAGAGAGUAUAGCACACAACAACGAGCAGCAUUAUCUCCCUGACAGGCAUUAGAUAUAGAGAACAUUAGAUACAUGGUAUAUGGUAAGGCUGUUGGAACAUAGCCUACUGAAAAGUAUCAAGUACGUUUCGGAUUUGUUUUGAGGAUAGAGGAUGGAUGGACGUUGAAACAAAUUGAUAAUUAAUUUGUGAGGCAGAUUUAACGAUUGUUCACAUUGCAAUAUGAAGAAGUGGAUUCCCUCUUGGAUCUUCCAUUGGAAGAAAAUCUCUGUCACUGUUAUACUCGUUGCGGUGACAAUUAUAACAGUUUCUGCAUCAGUGGUUUUCGUUCACAGAGAGAGAGAUGAUGAGGCAUUGCCAAAAAGAAAGGCAAACUUUUCCCUUACAAUCGGUGCCACAUUUGAGGAGGACUUCAAUGAUAUAAACUCUCCCCAAUCUCAGCAAUUCAUCCACACUCUGACAACUAAGCUCGAACCUCUGUGCAAAAUGGCAGACGCGCACCAGUUCAAACAAGUCAGGAUUGUGAAAUUAAAAGCAGGGUCUGUCAUCGCUGAGAUUAUAGUUGAAUACAACUAUCCAAACAAUGAAAGCCACAUCCAGUUCCUCAACAGUGAAAUUGAUGACGAAUUGAUGGAAAUCUUCGAUCCACUUGCCCUCAACACGAUAGGUCAGGCCUUCGGGAAUGUCACUAUCGAGCUCAAUGGUCUUCUCUUGCAACCAACCGUCAUUAGAAACGCCACUGACUUGGAGCCAUAUGUGAACUGCCAGUAUGCCAACUACACCGCAAAAUUGAACAACGGUCGCUGGGAGUGUGUGGGACCUUGUAAAAGAAUCCCCGGCUACUGUCAUCAACAUGGAGAAUGUCUGAAUCACAUUAAGGAUGGUCCUAUCUGUCGGUGCCAGUCAUCCGCCCUCCAGCAGUACUACGGCCCUCGUUGUGAAUCCUUCCGCUGGGGGGCGGGGUUCUAUGGGGCCUUGUUCGGGUCGCUGGCUGCGGUUCUCCUGCUACUGGUGACCAUCGUUGGGGUUCUUUGGUUUAAGAAGAGACGAUGCGAUUCUUGGUACAUAUGAAGAGGGAUGAGACACCAGUCCCCAUCUAAGUCCAGGACCAGAAAUUCUUAACACUGGUUACUGUAAUGUAGUUUGCACCUAUUAUAAGUAUUUGAUGUAUUGAUUUAAACCUGCACCAUGUCACACUUCAGUCAUAAAAAGGUGAACUGUAGAGCAAAUGGAAACAUCACUAUCACCUGCCUCCUCCAAAUAUGUGAAUCAUUUUCCUUUUUAUUUAUGUUCAUGAGUAUCUAUAAUCAUUGUCAAUCAAAAUAACUUGUUUCGAAUUAUUUUUCAUUUUUAUUUAUGUUCAUGUGUAUUUAAAGACAUUGGUAAUCUAAAUAACAAGUUUCUUGCUUGCUUAAGGGCUACACUGAUAUGAAAUUAUUGAUGUACAAUUCUAACAAUGUCGUUUUAUGCCUUUAAAACUCAUCAAGUGUAUUAUGGCCUGUAAAGUUCCAACUAAGACUAAGAUUGAAUUAAAAGAGCAGGCCAACAGCUGUUUCUUUCCAAAA